AUGUCAUCGAAUGGCGAAAGUUCCAGAGCGAAUGGAGGUGUGCGUAGGGCUCAAGGUCCGUCGACAUCGAAUCGAGGUAAACGAAGAACAACAGGCAAUGGAAAGAAAAACGGAGCUGCAGGUAGCGAAUGGCGCCCUGUGAACGGUACAGGUAGUGCUGGUGAUGGAGAUGGCGAUGAUGGUGAGGAAGUGUGUCUGAUUUGCGCCGGUAGACUUGAAGUAGUUGCGCUUUCGCCAUGCAACCACCCAACAUGCCAUAAAUGUUGCUUGAGACAAAGAGCGUUGUAUGAGAAGAAGCAGUGCUUGUUUUGUCGAGGAGAGGUGGAAAACAUCAUCUUGACUGAUAAGCUUGAUGAGACGUACGGCGAUUUGGCCGGGAAGCUGGUUGAGUCUAGAGAGUUGAAGAACGAAAAGUUGGGAAUACAGUUUACUAGCGAAGGUGUGAAGAACCGGGCCAUGAAGCUAUUGCAAUACACUUGUCCGUUUGGAGAUGUAGACAGAGACUUGGGGUCCUUUAAGAAGAUGAACGAACAUUUGAAACAGGAGCACAAUAGGAACAUCUGUAUGCUCUGUGCGGGACAUAAGAGAGCCUUUCCGAGUGAAUUGGAGGUGAUGAGUGUGAAGCAGUUGAAAGCACACGAGUCCCGUGGUGACCCAAAGGAUGGGUUCAAUGGUCAUCCAAUGUGUGGAUUCUGCACGGGUAAGCGGUUUUACUCUGAUGACGAAUUGUACAAGCACAUGAAGUUGUCGCACGAACGGUGCCACAUCUGUGACCAAUUGAACCCUGCCCAGCCGCAGUAUUUCAAGAACUACGACGACCUCUUCGAGCACUUCAGAAGCGCGCAUUACGUGUGUGCAGUACCGUCGUGUCUUGACUCCAAGUUCGUUGUUUUCGCCGAUGAGUUGGACUUGAAAGCCCACAUCAUAAAAGACCAUCCACACUUGGCUGGAGACAACAGAAGGGCUCUUUCGCUUGUCGAUAGCGGACCUAGAAGGUUCAGGUCUGAGAUCACAACGUUUUCGAAUCCAACCAGGGUCGUCGACGUUCAAGAGGACCACUCUAACCCAGCAAACUCUAGGGAUGUCAAGCGGAAAAGAAUGGAACAAAGAGCAAGACAUUACCUUGGCAAUUCCAAAUCGGACUUUGAUGCAUUCAUGAUUAUUAACGAUUUGUUCAACAAAAAUGAAAUCUCAGCUCAAGAGCUCCAAUCAAAGUACGAGGACUUGUUCCAGAAUCAUAAAGAUGAUAUACAUUUAUUAAUAUACGACUUUUCAGAGUUGUUCCACUCAACGUCAGAAAAACACAAGCAAUUGCGUGCUAUUUACGAUAAUAUCAUGAAGAAAAAAGAAAAUGCAACCAAGUUCAGACCCUUGGCGUCCCCAGACACCUCAACUGCUGUCAAUGUAGUCCGUGGGAAAUGGGGCCAAAAGGCUUCAGGUUCCGUUAAGGGAUCCAAUGUCAAAUUCACUUCUUUGCCUGCAGUGGCAGAGCCAAUAUUUUCCACAAGAGCUCCGUACACUAAUUUACGCAGAAACGAGUCAACUCCGACUCCAGUCAUCAAGACCGGUCUAGCCUCGAAGUCCUCGUCAUCAAGCUCUCUAAACUAUGCCAACAACAACAACAACAGCACGAUGUCUGGUCCAGCGGGAUCCAAACAGUUCGUUUCAUCGCAACCGAACGUCACUGCCAUCAAGUCAUCUACUCCAACGAGCUUCCCGAAGCUACAACCACCAAAGCAGAAGAAAUUCGUUGCUCCUCCUGUCAAACAACAUAACAUACCUAACCCUUCAUCAUGGGGUAAAACCUCGACUUCAAAUUCUAAUUCAAGUGACGACCUCGUUGAUCUCAAUGCAUUAGGGAAUACCUUACCGACUACCGGUGGUAACAAGAAAAAGAGCAAGCAAAAACAAUUACUAUUCCAUAUAGGCAUAUAG